AUGGACGACAUUUCGCAGUCGGAAGUUCCAGGAACCAUCUUUAUUGUGGGGACGGAUGCGACAAAGCUGGGAGAAGCAGAUGUCACCACAUCGAACGAUAUCGUGCUCGUUCCUCGCCCACUCGAGACACCACGGGACCCCCUGAACUGGCCGAAGUCAAAGAAACUAUGGACGCUCUUCUUAGCGACUCUCUUCGCGACCGUCGUCGCCUAUGGCGAAAACAAUCUUGGCGCGCCCUGGACGGAGGUCGCCGAAGAUAUCGACGUGACAAUGAAAGACAUGAAUGGCGGCAGUGCACUGAACUACCUCCUUCUGGGGUUCGUGAACGUGCUCUGGAUCCCGACGGCAAUGAAACUUGGACGCAAGGUGGUGUACAUUUUCAGCAUGACGAUCAUUAUGGUGUCAAGUGUAUGGAACGCCUAUAUUUACGGCGUGGCGCAGUGGUAUCUCAACUGUCUUGUGGGCGGGAUUGGGCAGAGCGCCUAUCAGGCACUGAUUCAGCUUACGGUGUUUGAUAUUUUCUUUGCGCAUCAGCGUGGAACCAUGCUUGCUGUAUAUGUCUGGGGCCAGCAACUUGGAUCAAUUCUCGCCUUAAUACUUGGCGGGUAUAUUGCUGAAGGACCAGGGUGGAGAUGGAGCUGCAAGAUCGUUGCUAUACUCAGCGUACGGUUAAUUUCUGUUAUCUUAAGGGCUGCGGUCGCUGAUGCUCUACAGGGUUCUGUCGUGCUGUUGUUUAUCUUCACUAUGGACGACUCCCUCUUCCCCCGGCAUGCUCUCGCUAUCCACCAAACCACAACCGUUCCUCAAACCCAGGACAGUCACCAACCAGAAGCUGAGAAUGACACCAAAAAAGAACAGUCUGUCAAUCUAAACCGCCAGCCAACGAUCAGCCAGGGCCGAGCAGACCUCCUCCCGCGCAAUUACCUGCACGUCUUGGCGCCGAUUCAUCGCUGGAAAGAGGACAAGACGACAUGGUGGCAGUAUUUCCGACGCCCCUUCCAUCUCUUCGCAUUUCCUAACAUUAUCAUGGCCGGCCUAAUCUACGCAUUUGCCAACACAGCAGGAAUCGUCUCCUUCAAUACCAUCUCCGAAAUCAUGACCGGUGCCCCGUAUAACUGGUCCACGGGGCCGACAGGCCUCAUGUUCCUAGCAGCAUUGGUUGGGUCUUUCAUCGGAAUGGCUACCGGCGCCCUCGGCGACAUCCUAACCCUGCGCCUUGCCCGCGCGAACGGCGGGUACAAAGAGCCCGAGAUGCGUCUCUGGACUCUGAGUCUAAGUUUCGUUUACGGGGCUGUCGGAUACUUCAUGUACGGGUGGUCUGCGUCAGAUGGCAAAUCUUGGGUCUUGAUCGCAGUCGGUCUGGGCGGGAUGAUCGCGCAGCAGGUCUCCGCGGCGAGUGUGGCAACCGCUUAUGCGAUGGAGUGCUUCGAGGGGAUCUCGAGCGAGCUGGUUGUGGUGCUGGCGAUUUGUUCUUCGUGUGUGAACUUUGCCAUCUCGUACUCUGUCCAGCCGUUCAUUGAGGCAACCGACUACGGACGCACGUUUACCUGCUUUGGGGCGCUAGUUCUAUGUAGUUUGGCGAUGGCUGGUGCAGGAGUGAAAUGGGGGAAGAGUUGGCGGAGACGAUGUGCGAGCAGGUACUGGAAGUUUCUUGACCAUCUUGACUACGCCCUGAAUACGGCCUGA